CACACCGGCGCCGAGGCUCGCUCGCUGAGCGUGACCGACACGUGCACCCAUCAGUGCACACCCCCGGACGCACACGCCACAGGUUCGAGUCCCUUCCCAGCAGCCACCUCUCUCUUCAGCCCCGAUGUCAGCACCAAGAUGGCGUCUGACCUCCUCAUCAGGCUGUCAGAGGCGACCCAGAAGGCCCAGGUGCAUCCUGGGAGGCAGGCGGAGGAGGAGGCGGAGCCUGAGGUUCGGGGGGGUCAGCAGGACGAGCCCGCCUGGCUCUCUCGCCAGACGGUCCCGGGGCGAGCCCCGAGCCCCCCUCCCUCUCACACACACCUGAUGGCCCCGUCGCCACGGACACGCUGGCUUCAGACCUGCUGAGGAAACUGGCAGAGCGGCAGGAAGUGAGCAGCCACGUGGUGAGGGUCAAAGAGGAAGAAGAGCCAAUGGAAGUCGACGCAUCGGUCGAGCUCGUCCGCGACCGACGAGUCCCUAAAGAGAUGUCCCCGAAGACGGCGAGCCGCUGUCUCUUCGCUAUUAAAACUGAAGAAGAGGGUCUCCGUGGCAACACGGCGGCAGAGCAGCCGCACCCUGGAGCCAAAAUGGCCGACCAGUGUCUCCACGGCAUUAAAAUAGAAGACAGAUUUUACACCGGAGGCUGCCAGCGGGGCUCUACGGGGCCAGACUCCGCUAACAACAAGGUUCAGUUCAGAGUGAAAACGGAGGAUCGUGGCGUCUCUGGAACCAACAUGGCGGACCAGCUUCUGUCUGGAGCCAAGAUGGACGACAAGCUUCUGUCUGGAGCCAAGAUGGACGACAAGCUUCUGUCUGGAGCCAAGAUGGACGACAAGCCUCUGUCUGGAGCCAAGAUGGACGACAAGCUUCUGUCUGGAGCCAAGAUGGACGACAAGCUUCUCUUUAAAGCAAAAAUUGCAGAGCGGCCUUUCUCUGCCACCAAGAUGAGCUCCAAGUUUCUCUUUGGAGCCAAGAUGGAGGACCAGUUCCCGUCAGGAGCCAAGAUGGAGGACUGGCUUCUUCCCGGAGCCAAGGUGGCGGACCGCGUUUUCUCAGGCGUGAAGACAGAGGAGCAGCUCUUCUUAGGAGCCAAGACGGAGGACCAGUUCACCUCCGGAGCCAAGAUGGCCGACCAGUGCCUCAGGGCCGUGCUGUGGCAGGACAUGUCAGUGAACCUGGCGUCCACGCUGCUGCACCAGCUCUCAGAGAGAGUCAGCAAAUCCAAAAGGACCGGUCCGUCCGUCAGCAGCAGUCCUGUUCUGAAGGUGAAUGUGGACCCACUCCGCUCCUCGCCUCUUUUGAGCGCCCAGGAACCUCCACAUGAAACCCAAACCAGCCUCAGCAGAGAUCAAACCACCGGUUGCUCUUACUUCUACAGGUGCCACGUGUGUGGCUUUGAGACCGACGGGCCGGCCCUCUUCCAGAGUCACAUGACCGAACACCGCCAAUGGGAGCACGGCUCCUUCUCGCUGCACUGCUGCGUGUGCGACCACUCGACCAAUCAGGAGACAGAGAUGAGGGCUCACGCCAACACGCACGUGCACGGGAACACGGGAGCCGACGGAGAGAUGAGAUGCCCCAUCACCCUACCUUCUGUCUCCUCCGCCUCCGGCAGCGCCACGUCAGUUGCCGCGGCAACCCAGCCGCCGCCCCCGCCGCCGCCGGAUCACACCGCCGCGUCCGAGCACCGCUGCCGCAUCUGCCAGAGGUCGUUUCCGGGGCAACAGGAGCUGCUGGCUCACUUCCAGGGCCACCGCCAGGGCAACCAGUACCGGUGCGAUCGCUGUGGUCACCUGACCCGGACAGCCAACAAGCUGGUGGAGCACGUGCGCGUGCACACGGGGGAGCGCCCGUUCACGUGCGCGCUGUGCCCGUACAGCGCCAAGCGGCGAGACAGCCUGCGCCUCCACUGCAAGGUCAAGCACCCCGGCCACGUGCACGCCCACCACCCCGCCCACGUGCACGCUCACGGAGACAAUCAGCGCUCGGAAAACCAGGUUCAGAGGCUUCACACGGUGGCCAACACACACUCUGCUGCUGCCUCCUCUUCUUCUUCCUCUUCUUCUUCCUCUCUGCCUCUGCUUCAUCCCUCGUUCUCUGACCGCGCCGGAUGGAGGGAUCUGUCUCCUCUCCUCCCCAUCACCACGCUGCUCUCUCUGAAGCCUCGCUCCCCUUCCUCUUUUUCAUCCUCCUCUCCCUCGUCUUGCUCCUCCGCCAAACACUCCUUUCUCGGUUACCUCGGGCUCACGACUCCUUGA